AAAUGCCCGGGAGACGGAUAAACAGUGACAACUAACUGGUGCCUUUCUCUUCUUUCUCACGUGUGUUCUUCACCAUGGAAAAUGGAUCCAUCGCCUACUGCAGCUGAAAACGGAGCAGAGGACAGCUGGUCCGGUGUGCCCAUAGCAGCAGUCCUGUGCAUCUGUCUCGUCGUGUUUCUCGCUGUGGUCGUCUGUCUUCUCUGUGUCAGGAAACUCCUGCAGAGAAGAGGUGUCAGUGUGACGUGUGUCUCGUGUGCCUGCUGUGAGGGGCGGAGCAGGGGGUGUGGCGGGUGUGGUGGAUGUGGUGGGGAGGCAUGUGUCUCCGUUGCAGAGAGACUGGACUGCCAGACUCCAGACAUUAAGGCCUGUCUGGACAGAGUCUGCCCCUCUCAACAGGUGUGCAGUAUGUGGUGUGGGAGAGUAUGGAGCUGCUACUCGUGUCACAUGAUCCGGGACAGGUGUCAGGUGAUGUCAUGUGCGGGACUUUGUCCGGCAUGCACCGCCUGUGAGUGUCCGGACGUCCAGUGCUGCGGUCGAUGCUGUCACUGCAAGUUAAAGACUCCAGACUGCACCCACAUCAACUGCCUGUUCUGUGACCUCGACUGUGGGGGUGGAGACAAUGAUGGCGACACUUAGCCACUAACUCUUGAUCAAUGCACACUCUUUCUCAGCUAUAUUAUGAUCCUAACAAUUCUCUUUCCUCUGAAUCUCUAUUAUGUCUGUGACUCUAGUGCUGCCACCUGAGUAUCGAAUGACUAAGUGCUAUGGAGGUGUGAACCUCUGAAAUGAGCUCACAGCAACGAGUUCCCAACUUGUAA